AUGUUCAGGACCAUUGCCAGACAAACCGCCCGCACCUCUCCUUGGAGAACCGCCGUCAGAUUCAACACCACCAACUUCAGAGUCAACACGGACUCUCACGUGUGCAAGUACUUGAACGAGGGCCCUAAAUUUGUCAAGUUCACAAACGAGCACGAGUGGAUCGCAGUGCACGAGGACAAUACUGUCUUUUUGGGUGUCACUGACUACGCAGCCAAUGCUCUCGGUGACACGACCUUCGUUGAGUUGCCCGAAGUGGGCGCCACCUACGAGGAGGGCGAGUCGAUCGGCUCUGUGGAAUCGGUGAAAAGCGCCAGUGAAAUCUACUCGCCUGUCAGCGGCGAGGUCAUUGCCGUGAACGACACCUUGGAGAGCAAGCCGCAAUUGAUCAACGUGGACCCCAUGGGCAGCGGCUGGAUUGCGCACAUCAAGUUGGACAAGUCCAUCGAGGCGGUGGAGGGCCAGGAGGGCUUGAUGAACGAGGAGGCCUACAUGUUGUCUUUGAACGACAGCUAG